UGGAAUAUGACAGUGGAGCUCUCCCAAGAUGCAAAAAAUGUGAUAGGUUAAAAAGAAAUAAGAGGUUUUGUUAUUGCCAUAAAGUAAAAGAGCAAACCCAAUCUCUUACUGAAGAAGAAAUAAUUUCCCAAUCUUUUAGUUAUUGCCUAGAAAAUAAAACUAGAGAACUAGAAAAUGAACUAUCAAAUGCCAAGGAGGAGUUGAAUAUUGAAAGAGAAGAAGUAGUCAAGUUUCAUGAAAAAUCUAAGGA